GUCAUGGAUUGCCUUAUUGGCUCCGAUCGAAAGUGACAGUCCGCCGGACUCUAACUAGACUGACUCUAGUCUCCGCAACGCAACCGAGCCGAGCAAAAACGGCAAAAAGCACAAAAAAAAUUGUAAUUUUUGAUGAUCUUUUGCUGUUUCUUCGAGUGAAAUUAGUAUUUUGUGGCACUUUGAAAUAUCUCUCAAGUUUUCGUAAAGUUCCCCUCAGUCAUGCCACCGAAACGCAAAGCAGCAGUUCCGAAGGAAAACGUUCCCCCGAAACGCGGUAAGAACCAAGCGAAGGAAUCUCCAAAACCCAUCGACGAAAAGGUCAGCAAACCCGAGGAGGUUCCAGGUCCGGUAGAGGACGGCACCGCCGCCCCCUCCAAGGUUGAUGUCCCGUCGCCGUCGGUCGUCAGCAGCGCAGCAAGUGCGACGAAACUGUCGGAUAGUCUGUUGGAAAGCUUCGAUAAACAUCCCCCGGGGAAGCUGCUGAUCGCCGGAAUGGUCGCUUGGGAACUGACGGGCGGAAACAAGACGAAAACGGCGGCGACCAAUGCAAGACCAAAUCUGUUCAGCUUCAAUCGGUUCACGGCGGAAACGUAUCGAUCGGCUGUAAGUGGAUGUUGCUCGGCACACUCGGUGCUGAUAACUUUGGAUAGAAAAGCGCUAGCGUUUGGACGCAAUCAACACGGCCAGCUUGGUCAAUCCGAUUUGAGGAUAUUCGAGAAGCCCACACCAGUAAACGGGCUGAAAAACGUCAAUGUUGUUCAGGCCGCAUGCGGAAGGAACCAUACAUUGUUCCUCACCGACGAGGGCAUCGUGUACGCUUGUGGUGACAACCGAAACGGCCAAUGCGGCGUUGGAAACACAAACUCGCCAAUAUUGAAAGCGACCCGAUUGAAGUACACCGGCCCACCCAUCGUGAAGGUAGCCUGCGGGGCCGAAUUUUCCAUGCUAUUGGACGUCAAUGGGGACUUGCACUCAUUCGGAAUGCCCGAAUACGGCCAGCUGGGGCACAACACGGACGGAAAGUAUUUCAUCACGGCCAAUCGGUUGACGUUCCACUACGAGAUGUCUCCCAAGAGGCUGGAGACGUUCGUGGACAAGACCAGCGAAGGCCGCAUCGUACCUAUGGAGAACGUGAAAAUCGUGGACUUUGCCUGCGGCAAUAACCAUACGGUUGCAAUCGAUUCAAAAAAUCGAGCAUUUGCCUGGGGUUUUGGAGGAUAUGGUCGGCUUGGACAUGCCGUGCCACAAGAUGAAUGGGUUCCCAGACUCAACAAAUAUUUCGACACCCAGAAGCGCAAGGUGCUGCGUGUGUUCUGCGGAUCGACCUUCAGUCUUGCCACGACCGACAUCGGCUGUCUUCACCUGUUCGGACGGAACAAUGUGAAUGGCGAAGCCAGCAUGUAUCCCCGACCGGUGCAGGACUUUACCGGUUGGGACAUCACCACCAUUGGCGCCGGAUACUCGUCGAUUUUGAUUUCGGGUGAGGGUUCUCUGGUUGCCUGGGGAGCCUCUCCAACGUAUGGUGAACUGGGCCUGGGUGACACGGUGAAGUCCUCUUCGAAGCCGAAACUGGUGCCCGGUAUGGAAGGUAUAAAAAUACCGCACGUAUCGUUGGGGCAAUCGCACUCCCUGUUGCUCGUGGAUGUGGAACACGAGGCUACCAAGCAGAUGUACGAAGAACUGCCCGAAUUCAUCGUUGAUUGAUCGAAUACUAGAUACGUAUCAUAGGUUGAUACUGAUGACAGGUAUGUCUUUCUUCUUGGAUUAAGUUGUUUUGAAGUUUAAUAUGGUUUCUAACGUUUUCCAAUUGUUCUUGUUUGUUGUUUUAAACUGUUAAAACAAUCAGUUUGUGUUAUAAUCGACCUCUCUGGUCUUGUCAUUGAAUUACCCAUAAUUUAACUUUAAUAUUGACCUGGCAAACUUUUGUUCUAUGUUAAAACCUUAAAACUGUUACGUGAUGAGAAGGAUAGAAUAUACGGAUACGGAGCUAAUAAAACAGCUUUGAAAAUAGCAGCAGUGUGGACAGUGAAUCAAUAGUUGUCCGAGUGCAUGAUCUACCUCCUACCACUCCUCAUACUACGGUCGCGAACUGUAUAAUGAAAUUCGGGAACGUAUACUCCCUACAAACCGAACGCUGGAAACAUUGUUUUGCCGACAUACCCAACGGGGUUCGAGUGUUGAUGAGAAUCUGUUGAAGAUCGAUGUACCGUCAGUGUACCAGUAGCCGCUCACUGUUGCAAAAAUCAAGUUUUCACGCAUAAAUACCCCCUUUUCGUCGCUGAUAUUCUUGGACAAUAUAAAUUAAAUGAGAGCUGUUGAGUACGCCCCUAGCGUAGAUGCGCACCGUCCGAUCCAACUGUUGGACUCUCGCACACUAGUACACCCAGGUAAUGUACGCCACCUUCACUCUCCGUGGACAUUGGUCAUGC